GAAACUGAGAUAUCAAUCCACGUUCGCGAUUCAUCCCUUCCCAUUGAAGCCACCGAACUCAGACUAACGCACUCUUCUCACUUCUCACACCACAUUAAACCCAUUCUCCUUCUCUCUUUCACGCAUCAAACUAACCCACUUUUCUACUCUUCUUCCUUCCACCAAAACUAUGCACUAAUUGCAACCCAAUCCUCCGCAAACCGCAAAAUUUCAUUUUUCCCACUUAAUGGGUAACUGCCUACGCUCGUCGGACAAGCUAACCGCCGAGAUUCUGCCCCACGGCGGCGCCACCGUCUACCCCACCGUGCGCCUCCGCGGCUCCCCCAACAGCAUUGUCGCCGCCUACACCCGCUUCGCGGUUCUCCACGACGCCGUCUCGUCCAACCCCGCUCCCGUCGCGCAACCUCCGCCGCCGCCUCCGCCGCGCACGGCGGCGCGUGGCGGAGGAUCCGAGGCGGCGGUUCCGGUUGUGUUCCGCGUGGGGCCCCAGGCGGCGUCGGGCUCCCGCGACGCGCUGCUCCGGUUUAUAGACUUGAAGUUUCCCGACCUGGCGGAGGAGGAGGAGGUGGCGGAGGCGGAGGUGGCGGCGGAGAGUGGCGGCGGCGGGAGGGAGGAGGAAACGGGGCCGUUGGUGGCGAGGGUGACGCGGCUGCAGCACAGGAGCAUGACGUGGCACUUGGAGAGGGUUGUGAAGUGGGUGGAGGAUCUGGCGACGCGUGGCGGAAGGAGGGCCGUUGAUCCUAAGGUGGGGACUUGGAAGAUGGAGGUGGCGAAAUUCGGGAGGAGCUACUCUCAGCUGUUGGAGGUGAUGUUGGAACAUGCUCAAAUGGAGGAGAGACUUCUCUUUCCUAUCUUUGAUAGAGCUGAUCCUGGGCUGUGUAAAGCUGCAAAAGAGGAACAUGCUAGGGACCUACCUAUCAUGAAUGGCAUCAAAGAAAUUAUUAAAUCCGUUGAGGUUUUAGACUCACGCAGCCCUAAUUACAGAGACACUUUGUACAACCUUUCUACUCGGCUCAAAUCAUUGCAGGUGCAAUGCAAACAACAUUUCAUGGAAGAGGAUUUGGAAUUACUUCCAAUGAUGGAAGCAGUGGAGUUGAGCAAAGAGCAAGACGAGAGUGCACUAGAACAGUGUUUUGUUGUGAUGCAAGGAACACAUGGCCGGUUGUUAAAGUUCCUUCUUGAGGGGCUACCACCUCAUGAUGCUAUGAAAUACUUGGACUUGAUCAGCAUGUGUAGGGACAAAGAGAGAAUGGAAUCCAUGCUUAAGAUGGUUGUUGAGUAUUGAGUAUGUGUGAUUAUAUAUAUAUAUAUUCUUCAUGGGUCCUAUAUCAUGUGGCACACACAAUGAUGAAUACUAUGAAGCUUACAUUGUGAAUACAGAUUAUGUUUUCAAGAUUGGGGACUCUUUUUUAUGUCAGUUUUCUUUGUGAAACACCCAGCACAAGUGUAAGCUUUCAGACUUUCAUCUCAAGCCUAUCUGACACCAUUUGGUCAAUUAAUGGAACAGGAAGCAGGGAUGGUUCUUGACAAAGCAUGGCAUUUUCUUAUUUUUAUGUUUUCCCUUGCUUGUUUGAACAAGGCUGUUAUGAAUAUAUGUGCUCCUAAAGAAUAUUCAUCCUUGUAUUUGUACUUGAAUUUAUUCAUAAUGAUAAUAAGACUUCGGUGUUUUGAUUAGUAGGAA